GGCUUCCCGGGGUGACAGUGGAACUCCAAAGUUGCGCUGGACCUUGGCCCUGACAGUCUGAGCUCUCGGCGCGAUCCGGCCGUCCUCCCGCUGUCCUCCCGCUGUCCGCCGUCCUCAGCCGCCUUCCGUCCUCCGCUCCCAGCCCUGCGCUCACAACCCAGCGCCGGCAUGACGGGCUCGCUGUUCAAGGGGAACUUCUGGAGCACGGACAUUCUCAGCACCAUUGGCUACGACAGCAUUAUCCAGCACCUGAACAAUGGCCGUAAGAACUGCAAGGAGUUUGAAGACUUUUUGAAAGAAAGAGCAUCAAUUGAAGAGAAAUAUGGCAAAGACCUGCUGAACCUCUCCAGGAAGAAGCCGUGUGGACAGUCUGAGAUCAAUACCUUGAAGAGAGCCCUUGAGGUCUUCAAGCAGCAAGUAGACAACGUGGCUCAAUGUCACAUUCAGCUUGCGCAGACUCUAAGAGAAGAGGCCAGGAAGAUGGAAGAAUUCCGGGAAAAGCAGAAGCUGCAGCGGAAAAAGACAGAAACAAUAAUGGAUGCUGCCCACAAGCAAAGGAACGCACAGUUCAAGAAAGCCAUGGAUGCCAAGAAGAAUUAUGAGCAAAAGUGCCGGGACAAGGAUGAGGCAGAGCAAGCUGUCCACCGCAGCGCCAAUGUGGCCAACCAACGGCAACAAGAAAAGCUUUUUGUGAAACUGGCCACUUCAAAGACUGCAGUAGAGGAUUCAGACAAAGCGUACAUGUUGCACAUCAACAUGCUGGAGAAGGUUCGAGAAGACUGGCAGAGUGAACACAUUAAGGCCUGCGAGGUGUUCGAGGCUCAGGAAUGUGAACGAAUCAACUUCUUCCGGAAUGCACUGUGGUUGCAUCUGAAUCAGCUGUCACAACAAUGUGUCGCAAAUGACGAGAUGUAUGAGCAAGUCCGUAAGAGUUUAGAAACAUGCAGCAUUGAGAAGGACAUCCAGUAUUUUGUGAACCAGCGGAAAACUGGACAGACUCCCCCAGCACCCAUCAUGUAUGAGAACUUCUACUCUCCUCAGCGGAAUGCUGCCCCACCAGGAAAGACUACAGGGCCCAAUCCAGCAAGGAGAGGACCUCUCCCUGUCCCUAAGCGGAUACCAGAUGAUCCUGAUUACUCUGUGGUUGAAGAUUACAGUUUGCUCUAUCAGUGACGUCAGAGGUGAAAAGAAAGCUUUCCUCAGCUACUGCUUCUGUGACAUGAUGUGAGAUCCAGAGAGCAGCAGUCCAUAACCAAAUCGCGUCGAUCAUGAAGACUUUGAUGUGAAUCCUUGUUGAAAAAUUGUUUUUUUUGAUAUUUUAAAUUUAUAGUAUACAUUUGACUCAACCUAGUCGAGUAGAGUUCUGCAGAGUCCCCCUUUUUUCCCCCUCAGAGAGUUUACAUACUGCUCCAGAAGGAAGAAUUAUUAUUUUCUGGCUAGCUACUAAGGUUGUGAGUGUUGUUUCCUGUCGGGGAAGCAGAGCCACUCUGGAUCCUAAGCGUUGGCUUGAGCAGAGCUGCGGAGGUGGCUCCAGUUUCCAAAGAUGCUCCGUGGGCUGUGGGAAGGAGGCCCGGGGGAACGGGCACCCUCUCUCAGUGGUGCAGCGUUUAAAACUACCUUUGUUCUUAGCUGGAAGCUGUAGAAGCAUCUGAUUGGACUUGCUCAUUUUCACAGAUGGGAAAGUGAGACCCAGCAGGGUGAGAUCAGUUUCCUUACAAUUCUGAUGGCCAAUGAGAGGCAGAACCAGAGCUAGAGCACAACUUUCUGGCACAGGGCUGUUCUAGCCGUUUGUGUGGCUGCCAUGCUCCUGUGGGCUGAAUGAGGGUGUAAAGAUUCUGUGCAAGCCUGAUGGCCCGUGUUCCAUCCCUGGGACCCACACAUGUGUGGGGUUCCUCUGGCCUCCACACAUGUGCAUAGCAGUGACUGACACAUGCACAGGCAGACAGACACACAGACAUACACAGACACACACAUACACCAUGCACACAUAGAGACCACACCACAAACACACACACAGACACACACACACAUACAGACACACAUACACACACACAUACACACACAUACAAACACACAUUUAAAAAGGAUAUUUGGCUAACAUUUUUUUUCAGUGAAUAAAAUGACUGGAAUUUAAGUGUCAGAAUUAUUUUUACAAAAAAUGCAAUGUUCUGAAUAAACCACAAAGGAGAGAGAUCUUAAUCUGUGAGGCCCUGGAUUGUAAAGUACACUCUUGUUUGUAUCUAGGAAGAUAUGAUGGGAGCUGCCGACUAAGUUGUGGCAGUCUGUAGAUGGCCAACUCCAUUUGAUUCUGAGACAGGAAAGUUGAAAAAAAAAUUAGAUUCAAAGAGAUAUGUUAUUUUAAUGAUUCCUCAAAAGGAUUUAGGAUUUUUUAAAGCCCAUAUUCAAUCUCAAAUCUUUACAGAAAGUCUCCUUCUGCUGUGCUCUGGAACCUUUAAAGGGUCAUGUUCACGGCAGGGAAAUCAUGCACUAUGUACCCGGUGUUUUACACCCAAGAAAUUGGACAUUGUAGUUAGGACAAAGUCUGUGGCAAGACUUCUGAUUGGCAUGUUGUAAAUGUCUGUGCCACUUCAAAGGACAAUCACAUUCUUUUCCUCUGUGCUAUAGCUUUUCCAGGACUUUGGACAAAUUGAUUAAAAUAAGAUUGAAACCCUGUGCAUGGGAGUGCCUGCCCGUAAUGCCAGCAUGCUGGAGGCUGAGACAGGGGGAUUGUGAGUCUGAGACUGGCCUGGAUACAUAGUGAGAAGCCAUCUCAACCCCUUCCCUACCCAAAGAUCAGCUAUUUCCCCUCUUUCAAUGUAGGACGCACCCGGCCGUGGCAGCCUCGUGGCCACCUUGUGGCAUGACAGGAAAUUUGCACCAGCUGGGCAUCCUUUUAAGAAACUCAGGUUUGCAAAGGUCCAUGGACUUCCCCAAACUGGAGAGCCUCAGGAAAUUGUCUAUUGGACAUAGAACAUUCUCUUUCUAAGUAUAUUAUUUAUUGUUGGUCUUCAAUGAUUUCUGUUUUCUAUCAAUCAGCAUAGCUGAUGUAAACGUGUUUUAUGAGUGUAAAAUAAUAUUAAUUUUAUGGCUUUUUUUCCUGCUUGACAUGAAGUAAAAUAAAAGUUUGUGAUGAUUUGG